CGAGUUGUCCUUGCUUUAGGACAGGGUGCCAAGGUACUUCAUAGUCGCUGUGGAUAUGAGAUCCACAAUCAUGGCAAACGGCGAGGGUUGUAUCAAAGCACGAACACUCUUGCAACGCUUCAGAGAGUCACCACAUGUACGUGUGGACAGCGAUGUGGAAGACGGUGCAUACAGUCUAAAAGGAGUGGUCAAGUGCAUCUGCAGCGAAGGGAUGUGCGAAGAAGGAGACGUGGACAUGACAAUGCAGCAGACAGGGAGGACAUAUACACCUGCGAACUUGGGCAAGUUGUUGGGCAUUGUCGCACAGAAUGGGGGAAUGUUGGUUGAUGGGUCGAAGGAGGAGUUGAAGAGUGGUGCUGCAAAAAUAUUGGUGUUGUCCAGAAUGAAGGACAUUACACAAACACCGCCACAAGACUUUCAAGAUGUUCCUGUCAUUGUCGCAGAUGGUGUGGAAUAUAUUCUGCUGGAUCAACUUACAGCAACGAGAGAGCAGCUAGUGUGUUGCGAUAUCUUCAAUGCUUUCACAAUGGAGAAAGAACAGCGUGAUCAUGGAUUUGAAGAGGUCAAUUUGCCAAGUUGUUGUGCAGAGUACACAGACAGUGCAGAAGAAGAAAAUGAAGAAGAGGAUGAGGGGGCAUCAUCUUCUGACGUGGAAGUGAGCGGCAGCAAUGUCAGCAACGACGAGGAAGACGAGGAACAUGAUGUAUACUAUGAUUUGAAGGGUGCGGGUGGACAAGUGACAACAAGGUGGACACAUGCAAUUCUGAGGUUGACACGUGCUUUUCCCGAUCCGCACAAAGUGUUGCGUGUUGUGAUGAAGGGGGCAACACCAGAUGGUGCACUACAGUCUUUCAUGUCAUUACGAACUUUCAACUCACAUCGUGUGAGGGCAUGCCCGGCCAUGGCGGACGAAAGAACACAUGGCCAGGAGAUGGGUGUGGUCCAUGACGUCAGAGCAUCAAGUAUAGGUGCAGUGAAUCUCGUGAGCGAUGAGAGCGAGGACGUCGGGGCCCCCGAGAAUGUAGACGGCGAGGGCAGGACAUUCGAAGAGCAGCAACCGCAGCCUGUCGAAUCUUUUGACAGCUCUCGCAAGCUGGCGGCACUGGUUUUCUCCGCCAGGGGCGGCGUCGAGAACUAUAGGAUAAUGGAUGAGCCGCGAACGAUCGAAGCAGGAGUCCAACAGGCAGACGAGCAGGUAACCAUGAUGGGAAGAAUGUACUACCUAACAAAUUCGUUAUUACAAGUCCAAGCAAAUGAUGAGAGAGGAAUGGUAAAGGCUGAUGAGAUAGUUAUUGGGAAUGACUACGAAUUUGAUGAAGAGAAUGAAGGAGAAUUUGAACAAGAGGAGAUCUCAGAGGAAUUCAGGGAGGAAGAGUACGAUGGGUUCUAUUUAGAAAUGGGGUUGCUAGAGGUGGCCAUUUGUUCAUCAGGGACAAGAGGAUGCCGCCGCGACGUGUCGUAUGUGGGAGGAAUCGCCAGAUUGAUGCAGGACCUGGAAAACAACUUGACUUUGGAGGAACUGCUAGAUCUAAGGGCAAGGCAGAUCAGAGCCACUGAAGAAAGGAUGCACGAAACGACCAUGAACGUUGCAGAAAGCAGGGGGAAGGAUAAGGAAAGGUGGGACAAGCUACCUAGAGUGAGACUCGAACCUCUACAAGUUGGCGAGACAGUACUACUCUACGAUUCCUCCCUGGAAAUGCAGUGGUCGCGGAAACAGGAUAAACGUUGGCUUAGACCAUUCAGAGUCAAGAAGCAGGGACUCAAUGGGGCAUAUGAGCUAGAAGAGAUGGAUGGGACUCCAGAGAAAUACUGGGUUUCAGGGUCCAGACUGAAGAAGUUCCAAAUCAGAGGAGAGGAAAGAAUGGGUGACAGGGAGAAAAUUACGAAUGCGACUGGAGCAGAAAUGUACAAGAGAAGGAUUGAAGGCGUGGUGGCAGGGUGCACGAGGUGGAGAGAAUGCAAGCUGAGAUUAUGGAAGGACAUGGGGGACUUCCCAAGGGACGAUGUGGAAGAUGACUUGAGGUUUGAUGAGACCAAUUUGGAGGACUUUAUCGACAACUUGCAGCUGACCGCCGAGAGAGGCGAAUGGAACGAGGAGGAAAAGAAGAAACAGUUGAUCGCAAGAUCAGAAAGGAGUGAAAAGGAGGAAGUAAAAAGAACUGUGGAAGGGAGUCGGACCUGGAAAAGAAUAACAGCAGAAUUGUGGAUGACCUACACCCAGGCCAGGCAGGAUCAGACAAGAAAGGAAAGGCUGCAAGAGAGGGGGUUAUGGAUUGGAAGAGAGAUGGUUGAGCCACAGGGAAAAGGGGCAGAGGAUGAAGAAGAGGAUAAUGUGCCUCUGAAAAGAUUGAAGAACAAGACGAGGGUCUCUCCCAAGAGCAGCUGCAAAGGGUCUGACCAAGCAGAGGAAGAUGAACAAAAAGAGGAGGAGGCAGCAGAAGGGAGGAAGAGACGCAUGGGGGCAAGUGUGAUACCAAGGAAGAGAAAACUUUGAAAGAAAAGGCCGAUUGAGAGUGGAAGGGAAGAGGUACAGGAAAGGAGGAGUGAAAAUGAGGGAGUAGUAAAGGAGGCUGGAGAAG